GGCGGUAUAAUAAGAUAAUUUCCUACUAUCUUUAUACCAAUAUGCGGGAUUAUAUCGCUUGAUAUCCGGUGUGGAGUACAGGGUAUAUAUGCCUAUAUGGUUCAUAUGCCAAUCCGUCCGCGACGUUGGAAAAAUUUUGUCAAUUGACAACCACGCAACGAAGCUCGCCAUCCGCGAUAUUACUUUUGCUCUCAGGAACACAAUACGGAAAGGGGUUCAUGAGCGACAAAAAUGUUCUCUCGCCAUCCCUGGUUGAGACGAUAGCCGGGUUCACGGCUGGCGUCGUCUCGACGCUUGUUGUGCAUCCGCUUGACAUUGUCAAGACUCGGUUACAGGUGGAUCGAUUUUCUACCUCCCGCAUCGGCAAUUCUCUUCGGAUUAUUCGUGAAAUCGGCCGUCACGAAGGGGGGCUCCGAGCGUUUUAUCGUGGUCUUACUCCCAAUCUUGUCGGGAAUUCUGUGAGCUGGGGACUAUACUUCCUGUGGUAUCGCAAUCUCAAAGACGCAUUGAAUACAUUUUAUGGGCCGCAGAAAAAUGGGUUGGACUCUUUGGAUUAUUUCGUUGCGUCUGGCACCGCCGGAGUUCUCACUGCUGUUUUGACCAAUCCCAUAUGGGUGAUCAAAACUCGUAUGCUAUCAACAGGUGCUAACGUAACUGGAGCCUAUCCCUCCAUGACACAUGGUAUCCGCGAAAUAUACCGGUCAGAAGGGUUUAAGGGAUUCUACCGUGGCAUGAUACCCGCUUUGUUCGGAGUUGGUCACGGUGCAUUGCAGUUUAUGGCAUACGAACAGUUGAAACGAUAUCGUUCGCAGUCGAUGUCCUCUGGUCUAACUACUUCCGAUUCUGGCGCCGGUAAACUUGGCAACGUAGACUAUUUGGCUUUGUCUGGAUUGUCGAAGAUAUUUGCCGGAAGCGUUACUUAUCCCUACCAGGUUUUGAGGGCACGCCUCCAGACCUAUGACGCCGCUGGUACGUAUCGAGGACUCGGCGACGUGAUAGCCCAAAUCUGGCGUCGAGAGGGUCUCGCAGGCUUUUACAAGGGACUUGGACCUAAUCUCUUCCGAGUCCUGCCCAGUACCUGGGUGACAUUUUUGGUUUAUGAGAAUAUGAGGGAAUACUGUCUACAACCGUGACCGCAACCUCCUGGUUGUCACGGUCGAUAUCCCGUCCGAGCCGGAGUCAAAUAUAGAUAGUGUCAUUUUGCAUCCAUCCCUCUUCUUAACUAAUGUCUUACAUCGAAUACGAAAGCACAUUCUAUCCAACAUGGAGGGAAGCCUCCCGGACUGUGUUGAUUCAACCCGAGGUCAACCCUUUUGAAAGCGUAGCCUAGGUGUAGCCUUGGUCUCGUGGGCGAUAUAAUCGCGAAUGGUGCGAUGUUCGUAUGUCCACCAGUUGUAUGGUGAGACACUAGAUCUGAAUUCUAUGAUAUAUCAGCUUGA